AUGGGACAUGACUCUGAUUUCAAAUCCCAGUUGGUGACAGAGAUUUGCUCCAUUUCCACACGCUCCAUUGCCUGCUCUCAUGGGCAUGGCUGCAGCAACAGCCCAGCUAAAUCAUCAUCUUUCAUCGAUUGGUAUCGUCUUCUUCGAGUGCAAGAAAAUGCUGGAAGGGAUGUUAUAAGAAAGAGGUACCAUGAACUUGCUUUGCAACUUCAUCCAGAUAAGAACAAGCAUCCCAAGGCUGAGAUUGCCUUCAAACUUGUCUCAGAGGCAUAUUCAUGUCUCUCUGAUAAUGCAAAAAGAAGAGCUUUUGACUUAGAGAGAUGGAGGAAGUUCUGCUUUGAGUGUGGUACAAUCCCCUACACCACCCACAAAACUUCAAGCAAUGCCAAUGCUUCAGAACACAAGGCUUGUAAUCCCACAAGCUCGUCAAGGUCUUGCAAAGUUGUCAAGGGUCUGAAAGAUAUCAGAAACAGGUUUAGGGAGGAGGCAAGAGUUAUAGAAAACUGUUUGAGGGCCAAUGCAGCCGCUGCACCAAGAAGAGAAUCCUCACUCUUCAGCCCACCUGCUGCUUAUGAUGUGUUUCAGAGCAGGUCCAGCAGAGAGUCCCCCAUCUUCAAUCCAUCUGACCACAAGGUUCAAGGCUAUCCUCAUCUCCGGACUCGAAUUCACAGUAAACCUCAGAACUUUUGGCACCUGCGAACGGGGCAUCAAGUACUGAAUUAUGAACCCAGUAGAGCUACGUAUGAUUCUCCGGUGUUUGAGGUCAGAUCAGAUAGGGCAUUUUUUAAGAGCAGAUCUACUUGUGUCCGUUCAUAA